AUGGGGAUAGAUGGGUUGAGCGAGAAUGGACUGGCUCUCUCCAAAUUUCCAGAUGAAGAUAGGCCGCCCUGGCGAAAAUACGUGAGACUGGGUGCGGAUCCAACGUCGACACCUGGUGUGACAGCUGGAGGCACGACAGGCGUCGACUAA